AUUUAGAUACAAAGUAUUAUUCUUUUGAAAUAAAAGAUGAGUCAAAAGAAUUAUUGUAUAUUUCAUCACCUAUUGAGGGCCAUUUUAGAGAGAAAAAAAACAUUGUUGGGGUUGUUAAUGGAGUAGCAACCCGCCAGUUUAAGGUUGGACCGGAGCAAAGCUAUCUUUUAUAA